GUCAGGCUGUCGCGUCGGCGGUGUACGACGUCGACGCCGACGCCGCCGUCGGCGCGUAUAACGCCAGCGGGCAAAAGCGCGUUACCCCCAGUCGGUGGAGCGAGAGAGUCGCGACUAGUAGACGAGCUAGAGCUCGUGGUGACGGAUAAUAGAAAGAAAGAGAGAGAGAGAGAGAGAGAGGAGACAGACGUUGAGGACAGGCCAAUAUUAGCAAAUAUAUAAAAGAGAGAUAGAGCGAAAGAGAGGGAGAAAGAGUGAGAGAGAGAGAGAGAGAGAGAGAGAGAGAGAGAGAGGGAAAGAGAAAUAGAGUACUUUCGGAUAGUUUAUCUAGUGUAAAGGACACGGAACUGAUUGGACAGUAGGCAAUACCGUAUACCAGAGGUACUCGAUGCGCCGGUGCACCACCACCACCACCACUACCACUAGUAAAAGCACCACCACCACCGCCAGCACCACCACUACUACCACCACUACCACCACUGCCAGCACAACCACCACCACCACCACCACCACCACUAUCAGCAGCAGCAGCAGCAAGCGAGCACGAUCAGCAUCGUAGCCACUGGCAGCACCGCCGUCGCGAGUCGCAGUCGCCACCGGCGCCACUACCGCCUCUACCACCGCCUCUAUAACCACCGCUCUUGGCAGUAGAGCCUCGCAGAGACGUCCACCUCGUGGUCGUCGGCACUUCCUAGCGGACGGUGCUGGUGUCCGGGUGGGUUCUAGGACGCGCAUUAGAUCGAAGCAUAGAUAGAGAGACAGAGAGAGAGAGAGAGAGAGAGAGAGAGAGAGAGAGAGAGAGAGAGAGAGAGAGAGAGAGAAGGUUGACAAUAGAAUAGAAGAUUAGGAGAAAGAGGUAAAGUCGGUGGUAGAAAAGGGAAAAGAGAAAGAGACGAUAGUAGGGGGUUCGAGUCAAGCAGCAAGUCUUGCUUCCCUUAAACAUCGCAUACACGCGUACCGAUGCGCAUCGUCGUUCGUCAUUCUCGGCGCUAAGGUUUUGCGGCGCGCGCGAUAUUUCGUUUGGAGGGUUUCUUCCCUCCUCUCGGGAGUGCCGUCGACGGUUUUCUCGCGCGGGCUGCCGGUGAGGUAGGAGGUGGCGCCGAGGGCGAUCGCAGGGUCGUCGUCCUUGUCAUCCGCAGCGGCAGUAAGAGGAGGAAGAGGAGGAGGAGGAGGAAAAAGAGAGAAAGAAGAAGAAGAGGAGGAGGAGGAAGAGGGUCCAUCGGUCGAAGUGACGGUGCAUGGUGAAGUGUCGCGAGCGGAGCGGUGUCGUCUCGUCGAGGAGUCGGAGGGGAGGAGGAGGUGGAGGUGGCGGAAGUAGGCGAGAGAGUAGUCGCAGGGGUAAGGAUAAGGGUGGUAUCAGGCCGAGCCAAAGCCGCGAGUCGUCGUGGUGAUGCCUCGCAUCGGCGGGUCCUCCAGGUCGCAGGGUGUCGUCGCAGGUGCGCUCGAGUCGCGCUCGCCCUCACCGACGACGCGGAUACGCUGACGAGUGCAGCCCACGGUGGCACGGCAGUCGUCGCCGCUCCUGCAGGCCAUGUAUUACGGCCCGGUAAUCGACCCUACCGGCAGCAGCUGCAGUGCCAGCGACCACCACCGGCGGCAACGCGACCACCACCACCACCACCAUUACGAUCACCAUCAACAGCACCAACAACAACAUCAUCGUCGUCCUCAACAAUAUUAUCAUCAUCAUCAUCAGCAUCAUCGGCAUCGUCAUCGGCUCCUUCCGAGUCCUACCACAAAUUCGGACAGCACGGAGGACGAGCCGGCUUACGUCUUGUUACUUCGUUCGCCCAAAAGACCAGCUGCUGCCUCCUGCUGUCACACAGCAAGGAGACCGGGCAGAAGACGACGCGACGGUGGACAUGCCGUCAGGAUAUUCCUCGUCGCUACCGCCGCUGCCUUCCUCGCCCUCGCCGUCUCACCGGUGUCCGGUACGUCGAACAAAAAAGAGGAAGAGACGACGGUGGUGGCCACGUCGGUUGGAGUCACGGAGGAAAGCGGUGUCCUAGGCACGACAAGGUCCAAGCCAGGAAACGAUCCUGGAGGAGGUAUAGACUUAUUAGCAGCCCUGCAGCUGCACAAUACUACGCGGCAGGGUGUCACGCAGGUACCGGGACUGGUUAGACUGAAGGCAGCUUAUUAUCUUCAGGGCGAGGAGAGAGAGCUCCGACUCAGCGAGGCAAGUUUCAAACGAGCGGCUGCACUACUCCGGCGGGUUCCGGAAUUUACUAUAGCUGCUGCUUUACGCCAGGAGGAGGCCAAUUCCGGAACUAUCGUCGCCUUUUCACACGGGAACAAUAGAUAUUUGGAGCUGCAGAGCAGCGGGCGCAAGGACGAAUUACGACUUCAUUAUGUAUCACGCCGUGACGGGAGUGUCCACGUCGAGGCAUUUCCUUUUCGACUGGCCGACGGCGCCUGGCACAGGGUUGCCCUGAGUAUAAGCGGCUCGCAGGUCGAGCUACUCGUCGACUGUCACCCUCUUUACAGGCGAUUACUCAGGCCAGGUCCACCAGACACUAAUUUCACUCUACCGCAGCUCCAACUCUGGAUUGGUCAGAGAAAUGCCAGGCACUUUCUUUUCAAGGGUGCUUUGCAGGACGUCAAGCUGGUACCAGGACCCCAUGGAUAUCUCUCGCAAUGUCCUCAGCUCGAUUCGUCCUGUCCAACCUGCGGACAAUUUUCUAUGCUCCAGAAUACCGUCGAACAGCUCAUACACAAUCUCAACGAGUUAACGCAUAGGCUAGCCGCUGCAGAGGGCAGAAUAAACAAGGUCGAAGAGUGCGAGUGCCAAAAAUCUUGCAGGGCAAAUGGUACAGUUCACGAGGAUGGUGCGACCUGGGAAAAAGGUUGCCAACAAUGUUCUUGCGUUCAUGGUGAAAUCGAGUGUAGGCCUACACCCUGUGCUCCUGUCACCUGUAAAAAUCCAGUCAUUCCUCAGGAACAAUGCUGCCCAAUUUGUUUAAAACAAUGUUAUCUUCACGGUGUGAUCUAUGAUCACGGCGUGAAGGUCUCACCGAAGCAGUGCGUCGAAUGCGACUGCUACGACGGUAGCUUCACCUGUCAAAGGUUCGACACAGAAACAAGAUGUCCACCACUGCCGUGUCCGCCCAGCGAACAAAUCAGCGUUGCUGAGGAAUGUUGCAAGUACUGCCCAGGGGUGGACUACUGCGCGAAGGGCCACAAGUGUCAUGCUAACGCGUCCUGCCUGAAUCUCCAGACGACCUACGCCUGCCACUGCGAUAUCGGUUUCCAGGGGGAUGGUCAUAACUGUCACGACGUGGACGAGUGUAAGCAGCAAGGUGGAUCGGAAGGUCAUCAUUGCAACGCCAAUACCAGAUGCGUCAACGUGAUCGGCUCUUAUACGUGCGAGUGUCUUCCUGGUUAUCACAGAGUCGACAAGUUCAAUUGCGCUGAGUUGGACGAGUGCGUUACGGGACAUCACACGUGUGACGAGCACGCGACGUGCGUUAACACUGCCGGCAGUUACUACUGCGUUUGCAAGGACGGUUAUGCCGGCGAUGGGCACACGUGUAAACCUAUUUGCAAUCAGACUUGCCAAAAUGGUGGAGAAUGCGUAGCACCGGGUCGGUGUUCUUGCCGAAGGGGAUACAUCGGUAACAGCUGCGAACUCGACUUGGACGAAUGCGCUAGCGAUCUUCACAGAUGUCAUCAAUCAUCGAGUUGCUUCAAUAUGCCCGGUUGGUAUUAUUGUCGCUGUAAGUCCGGUUAUAGAAGCGCCCUACACGACAGCACACAGGGCACUCAAUGUCUCGACAUCGACGAAUGCAACGACCAUACGAUCGAGAGGAGGCACACGUGUCAUCCCAGCGCAAAAUGCGUCAACACCGAGGGUGGUUACGCGUGUGCCUGUCCAAGGGAGGAUAACAACACGGACGAAGAAUGUAGAUUGAGUUGUUGGUUCGAGGAUAGAGAAGUUGCAAACGGCGAUACAUUGGCACCAGCGGGGAAUCCAUGCAGACGUUGCACAUGCAACGACGGCGUGAUAACCUGCAGAGAACCAAUAUGCGAUUGUAGCCUUCCUGGAAGUCGAAAGGACAAAUGUUGUCCGCAGUGCGACCCUGCUGCGUCCUGCAGACAUCAGGAACUUCAUCAUUUGGUCUUUAGAAGCGGGGAGCGUUGGAUAUACCAAUGUCAAACUUGCGAGUGCCUGUAUGGCGAGAUCGAUUGUUGGCAAAUGGAGUGUCCACCGGUGACCUGUUCGAAUCCAAUAACCGAGGACGGCGACUGUUGUCCUCGCUGUGAGGAUGAUCCUUGCGCUCGCGAAGUAACCUUGAACGGUACAUCUCUGUCGGUUCUUAGUCAUCCAAGGCCAUGCAGUUACGCGGGCAUAAUACACGACAGUGGGAGCUCAUGGCAGGACCCCCAUGACAAAUGCACCACGUGCGAGUGCAAGGUGCCGUACUGCGCCCAAUUGGUGAGCAAUAGCGCGUGUUGUGUGCAUCGGACGGGCAGUUAUGCUGCAGCUACGAUUACGGCUGCGCUGGCGAUCUGGGCGACGAGCAACAGCAACGUGAUACAAUCGGUGCUCCUGAGUCUCUCGUACAGCCUCUAUCGGACUCUACGAGGUGGUCGUUGGUCGAGGGUACACAGGAAGCAGCUGUACCAGCGGUCACCAGGUCCUAUCAUCAGUUCGAGUCGGUCUCAUCGUCCUACUCCGCCUCCAUCUACUCUUCAUCGUCAUCAUCGACAUCAGGAAAUUCAUCGGGGCCAGGUAGAAAGAUUUACUUCGGCAGUUCCAGACAGCAGUUCGUCCAAUCGCGAAACGAUCGUCGAGCCAGAGUCCUCGAUCAUCAGCAACACCAACAACAACAGUCACAACAACAACAACAACAACAACAACAACAACAACAGUCACAGCAACAACGGGCAACAACGACGUCGUCUACGUCGACGACAAGGAGUCAACAGGGCUUCGGCGGAGAGACGACGUCGUCGACGGUGUCGGCAUCGCGAGGUACGACCAUGGCGUCGACGACGUC